AUGUGUCCCAGCUCACCUGGGCUUGUCCCGAUCCGGCACACCUGGGCGUGUCCCAGCUCACGGCGCCUGCACCGGCGGCUGCUGCUGCUGCUGCUGCUGGGGCUGUGCAGCUGGACGGCCGCGCUGCGAGGUAAGCGGGGCUCGUUCUGCCCUCCCCGGGGCGAGUGCGGGGCGUGGGGGGGUCCCACCGGUUGCUCAGGGGGAUGGGGGAGCGGGAGCAGCGCGACCAGGGGGGAUGGCGGGGACCCGCCGGGAGAAAUACCCACAUCCCGUCUCCCGGAGAAACACCCGCAUCCCAGCGCCGGGGAAAACAGCCGCUAUCCCACCUCCGGGGAAAACAGCCGCUAUCCCACCUCCGGGGAAAACAGCCGCUAUCCCACCUCCGGGGAAAACAGCCGCUAUCCCACCUCCGGGGAAAACAGCCGCUAUCCCACCUCCGGGGAAAACAGCCGCUAUCCCACCUCCGGGGAAAACAGCCGCUAUCCCACCUCCGGGGAAAACAGCCGCUAUCCCACCUCCGGGGAAAACAGCCGCUAUCCCACCUCCGGGGAAAACAGCCGCUAUCCCACCUCCGGGGAAAACAGCCGCUAUCCCACCUCCGGGGAAAACAGCCGCUAUCCCACCUCCGGGGAAAACAGCCGCUAUCCCACCUCCGGGGAAAACAGCCGCUAUCCCACCUCCGGGGAAAACAGCCGCUAUCCCACCUCCGGGGAAAACAGCCGCUAUCCCACCUCCGGGGAAAACAGCCGCUAUCCCACCUCCGGGGAAAACAGCCGCUAUCCCACCUCCGGGGAAAACAGCCGCUAUCCCACCUCCGGGGAAAACAGCCGCUAUCCCACCUCCGGGGAAAACAGCCGCUAUCCCACCUCCGGGGAAAACAGCCGCUAUCCCACCUCCGGGGAAAACAGCCGCUAUCCCACCUCCGGGGAAAACAGCCGCUAUCCCACCUCCGGGGAAAACAGCCGCUAUCCCACCUCCGGGGAAAACAGCCGCUAUCCCACCUCCGGGGAAAACAGCCGCUAUCCCACCUCCGGGGAAAACAGCCGCUAUCCCACCUCCGGGAAAAAUCUCCGCUAUCCCAGCGCCGGGAGAAACACCCGCAUCUCACCUCCGGGAGAAAUACCCGCAUCCCAUCUCCCGGAGAAAUCUCCGCUAUGCCACCUCCGGGAAAAACAUCCGCUAUCCCAUCUCCCGGAGAACCACCCACAUCCCAUCUCCUGGAGAAACGGCCACCCCGCCGUGGGGACCGGAGGCGACGGCGCCGGGCUGCGCUGCGGGGUCGCGGCUGGAAAUGAGAACAGCGAGGCCCUGCCCGAGUCCAUCCCCUCGGCCCCGGGGACCCUGCCCCAUUUCCUGGAGGAGCCGGACGAUUCCUACAUCAUCAAGAGCAACCCCAUCGUGCUGCGCUGCAGGGCCGUGCCCGCCAUGCAGAUCUUCUUCAAGUGCAACGGGGAGUGGGUGCACCAGAACGAGCACGUGUCCCACGAGAGCCUGGACGAGGCCACAGGGCUGAAGGUGCGAGAGGUUUCCAUCAACGUGACGAGGCAGCAGGUGGAGGAUUUCCAUGGCCCCGAGGAUUACUGGUGCCAGUGCGUGGCCUGGAGCCACCUGGGCACCUCCAAGAGCAGGAAGGCGUCAGUGCGCAUCGCCUAUCUACGGAAGAACUUUGAGCAAGACCCCCAGGGCAAGGAGGUUCCCAUCGAGGGGAUGAUUGUCCUGCACUGCCGGCCCCCCGAGGGCGUCCCUGCGGCCGAGGUGGAGUGGCUGAAGAAUGAGGAGCCCAUCGAUUCCAACCUGGAUGAGAACAUCGACACCAGAGCCGACCAUAACCUCAUCAUCCGCCAGGCGCGCCUGUCCGACUCGGGCAACUACACCUGCAUGGCUGCCAACAUCGUCUGGGUGAAGAGGAGGAGCCUGUCAGCCACGCUGGUGGUCUGUGUGAACGGGGGCUGGUCCUCGUGGACAGAGUGGUCGAGCUGCAACGCGCGCUGCGGCCGGGGCUGGCAGAAACGCUCGCGCACCUGCACCAACCCCGCGCCCCUCAACGGGGGAGCCUUCUGCGAGGGCAUGUCCGUGCAGAAAAUCACCUGCACCUCCCUCUGCCCCGUGGACGGCAGCUGGGAGGUGUGGAGCGAGUGGUCCGUGUGCAGCCCCGAGUGCGAGCACCUGCGCGUGCGGGAGUGCGCGGCCCCCGCGCCCCGCAACGGCGGCAAGCACUGCGAGGGCCUGAGCCAGGAGUCUGAGAACUGCACCGAGGGGCUCUGCAUCCAAGACGUGGAGCGCGGCGGGGACAUCGCGCUGUACUCGGGGCUGGCGGCGGCGGUGCUGGCGGUGGCCGUGCUGGCGCUGGGGGUGACCCUGUACCGGCGCAGUCAGAGUGAGUACGGCGUGGAUGUCAUUGAUUCCUCUGCACUCACGGGAGGCUUCCAGACUUUUAAUUUUAAAACAGUCAGACAAGGUAACUCGCUGCUCCUGAACUCGUCCCUGCAGCCCGAGCUGACGGUCAGCAGGACCUACAGUGGCCCCAUCUGCCUGCAGGACCCCCUGGACAAGGAGCUGAUGACCGAAUCGUCCCUGUUCAACCCCCUGGCCGACAUCAAGGUCAAGGUGCAGAGCUCCUUCAUGGUGUCCCUGGGCGUCAGCGACAGGGCCGAGUACCACGGCAAAGCCCCGCCUGGGAGCUUCCCCCAGGGCACCCCCAGGCCCUUCGGGACCAUCCAGGCCAGGAACAAAGCCAUGUUCAUCCAGAGCCUGGCCUCCAUCUCCAGCAGCAGCGAGCUGAGGAGCACGGCCCUGUUCGGGCACCUGGGCGGCCGCCUGGUGAUCCCAAACACAGGGGUCAGUCUGUUGAUUCCACACGGAGCCAUUCCAGAGGAGAGCUCCUGGGAGAUCUACCUGGCCAUCACCCAGAAGGAGUCCAGCCUGGAGCCCGAGGGCCCCGAGGUGCUGCUGGGGCCCGAGGUGAGCUGCGGGCCCCCCGAGCUGGCGGCGAGCUCCCCGUGCGCCCUGAGCAUCCCGCACUGCGCCCACGCCGACCCCCAGCACUGGAGCAUCCGCCUCAAACGGAGGACGCCGCAGGGCACCUGGGAGGAAGUGAUGUCUGUGGAAGAGGAAACUACUUCUUGCUACUGCCUGUUGGAUCCUUAUGCCUGUCACAUUCUCUUAAACAGCUUUGGAACUUAUGCCCUAAUUGGGGAACCCAUCUCUGACUGCGCCGUUCGACAGCUGAAAGUCGCCGUUUUUGGCUGCCUGUCUUGCAAUUCUCUGGAUUACAAUCUGAGGGUUUAUUGUGUGGAUAACACCCCUUGUGCAUUCCAGGAAGUGGUUUCAGAUGAAAGGCUCCAAGGGGGGCAGUUGCUGGAGGAGCCCAAACUUUUGCAUUUCAAAGGCAACACCUGCAGCCUGCAGAUCUCAGUGCUGGACGUGCCUCCCUUCCUGUGGAGAAUCAAACCCUUCACUGCCUGUCAGGAGGUGCCGUUCUCCCGCGUGUGGCGCGGCAGCUCCCGGCCCCUGCUCGGCGCCUUCUCCCUGGAGCGCUUCAGCCCCGCCACCACCCAGCUGUGCUGCACCGUGUGCGUCCGGCAGCUGCAGGGCCACGAGCAGCUGCUGCACGUCCAGACCUCCGUCCUCGAGACUGAGAGAGAAAACAUCACCUUCUUUGCCCACGAGGACAGCGCCUUCCCCGCCCAGCUGGGCCCCAAGGCGUUCAAGAUCCCGCGCUCCAUCCGGCAGCGCAUCUGCGCCACCUUCGACUCGCCCGGCGCCAAGGGCAAGGACUGGCAGAUGCUGGCCCAGAAAAACAGCAUCAGCAGGAACCUGUCGUUCUUCGCCGCCCAGAGCAGCCCCUCCGCCGUCAUCCUGGACCUGUGGGAGGCGCGGCACCAGCACGACGGGGACCUGGACUCGCUGGCCUGUGCCCUGGAGGAGAUUGGAAGGACACACUCCCAGCUCCCAGACGUGGCAGAGCCCGAGCUCGAGGAGCCCGAGUUCCCCUGCAGCAGGAACGGGCUUUAGCACCUCUGUUCAGGACACACAGCCCUGAGCCCGGAGCCAGGGGACAGGGACAGGGACAGGAGGUGCCCCUGGGGAUGGAACUCACCCCAUCAGCAUGGGAGGAGCAGAAACAGCCCUGCUAAAAACCCUCUGGUGAUGAGGAAAACAAGCUUCUCCCCGUCCUCUCCCACUCCAAACCCGUCUGUUGGUUGCCCCAAGCCAACCUGCCCUCGUGUCAGUCCCGGGGCAGGAGGGACAGACCCGGAGCCAUAGGAGGUAAAUGUCGUUGUGUAUUUAGGAGCAGUCAUGUUCAUGUGAUGCCUAGUGAAAAUCAACAGAUAAUGGUGGAUGUUUCCAGCCACUGGAGGUUGGUCCUGGUUAAAAGGUUUCUCACUUGGAGAGUGGUUUAAAAUCCCAUCGCGUUGUCACUUUAUGUCUGCUGCAGGAAAACUGAAAAUUUGGCCUUAUCCUGUUCAGAUGUUUGAGGAAUUAGAAGAUCUCAUCAUUAUUUCAUAUCAUGCGUGUUCCAAAUAAUUUGUUUUAAAAAUUCAGCCCCUUAAUGAAUGUACAUUUGCUGCAGAGCUUUGCUGCCUGCUCUGUUACCAGAAUUCCAGAACAAACCCCUUCUCUCUGAGACUGGGGGGUGUGCACACGCAAGAGGAAUUUUCUAAUUUUCUACGUCUGCAAACUUUCUUAGUCAAAAACUGUCUUUGGGGGUGGAUUUAAAUAACCAAAUAACACACGGGAAAUUUCCAGCCCUGUUUUAGCAAGCUGAGAUAUUUAUUUUUAUUACUUCAUGCUCUGUGCUGAAGGUGGAAGCAAUCAGCACAGUUUCACUUGGGUUUGGUUUCAGGUUGAAACCACAAACCCCCACACGGCACUGCCAGCACUGGCCUUGAUUUUGUUGCACAAUUUGGGAAUUUCAGAUGAAAUUCAGAGGAUCCAGAGCUGGCUGUGUUACCUUGCUUUAGUUACAAGUUGUAUUUACCCCCAAAAUCAGAAUCUAACCGGGGAAUUCGCCUCGUUUUUUAUCCAUUCCAUCCAAAUAUGAUUUAUGACUUCAGCCAAACAAAAAGAGCUGUCACUGUGAGCGAGGGCCUGGUGGAGCUGGCACUGUCACCAAUUUUUUGUCCAUUCUUUUCACUCCCAUCCUUCACCACAGCCGAGGUGCUCCUCAGUCCUGGCUGCCAGGCCACAGUCAGGAAAAACAGAAAUGAGGUUUUGGGAGCUUUGUGGAAAUGCAGGAAACCCAGAACAAGGAUUUGGGGGCUGGUUUAGCCUCGUGUUUGGCUGAGAGCAGCAGGACAGCACCCAGGGCAGGUCCAGUCUGGAAUUAUUCCUUCACCAGGACUGCAGUGUGAAAAUCUGAAUAACAACAGCAGCAGCUCUGUCCUUGCUCCUGCUGCUCCAAAAUCACCAAUGUGUGUCCCUGCCCAGCCCAGGAACAGGCUGAGACUUGGAAAUCCUGAGAGCUGCGCAAACAUUUCCUGCAGCUCAGCAUCUCCUGGCGCCCGGCAGGUUUUGGGGCAGACAGAAAUACCGGCUGCAAGCUGUCCCUGCUUUCUGGGCUGGAAUUGUAUCUCCAGCGGCUGCCAGCCCUCCUCCUCCUCCUCAGAAACCUGCUCUUCGUUGGGCAAAAUGUCAGGCAUUAGAAAAAACAAAACGAGGAGAGGCAUCCAGGGAAAAAGCGGAGCUGCCGUUGUCGGGGAAACCAGCGCGGUGUGUGCAGCAGGGGAUUUGUUCUGAGCGCCUCCGAGCAGCUCUGCUCCCCCAGCACAGCCCAGGGGCUGCAUCCCACCCUGCAUCCUGCUCCCCAAAUCCGGGGAGAUCCCCCAAAAUCCCGGGGCCAAAGGAGCCGCGAGCUCGGCGCCUCCAGCCUUUGCUCAGGGAGCAGCCGCAGUUCUGUGCAGCUUGGGCUGGUCUCGCAAAGCUCAGCUCAGAGCAAAAUCCCAGCUUGGGCUGGUCUUGCAAAGCUCAGCUCAGAGGAAGACUCCAGCCUUUGGUCCCACAAAGCUCAGCUCAGAGCAAAACCCCAGCCUGGGCUGGUCUCGCAAAACUCAGCUCAGAGCAAAACCCCAGCUUGGGCUGGUCCCACAAAGCUCAGCUCAGAGCAAAACCCCAGCCUGGGCUGGUUCCACAAAGCUCAGCUCAGAGCAAAACCCCAGUCUGGGCUGGUCUCGCAAAGCUCAGCUCAGAGGGAGACUCCAGCC